UCACAGCAGCCCGCGGAGCCCAACAUGGAUCAGCGCGCGACGUGUCUGUCUGCUCUCCCUGAAAUACGAGCGUUUUCUCUGUUUUCAGCCUCUAAAUGCAAACCCAACGACGUCUUCUCGACAUGUACACGACAGGACGCAGAGUCUGACCUCUAACCAGCCGCCUGUUGUUGACAGAAUGUAAUGGGCGGCGUCGGGAGCAAAAACAAGACAUCGGUCUCAUUAGUGGAGAAGAGAUGUCUGUCCAGCAGACAGAGGUUUCUGUCACUCCGAGAUGGGCUCGUCCACAACAGUCCAUUCAAGCAGCGGAGUGGUCAGCGUACAAAAUCCCACCACCCCGCACAGACUCUCAGUCCGGAGAUCAGUCCUCUGCCUGCCUCCACCUCCAUGUUCCUGCCUGAGUUUCCACAUUGUGUGGGGAAAAAUGUGCAUUUACAGAUUACAGGUUUUAUAGCUAAAGGCUCAUUUGGCCCUAUUCUGAAGGUAAAGGACUGGGCAAAAGACAAGACAUAUGCUAUUAAGGUUUUACCCAAAUCUGAGGUUCUGAGACUUGGAGUUGUGGAGCAGUCAAAGGAGGAGGUUAUAAUCCAGCGGCAGCUCAGACACCCUUUCCUCCUCAGUCUGGAGGACUGUUGGCAGAGCCAGCGCAAUCUCUUCAUCAUGUGCGACUACUGCAGCACUGGAGAUCUGUACACCUACUGGACCCUGAGUGGCCAGUUUGGCGAGAAAGAAGUUUGUGUGUUUGCUGCUGAACUCGGCAGUGCGUUAGGUUUUCUCCAUGACUUUGGCAUAAUACACAGGGAUGUGAAGAUGGAGAACAUCCUUUUAACUGAGCAAGGUCACCUCCGCCUGGCUGAUUUCGGCCUGUCUCGUCGGCUCGAGCGCGGAGAGAGAGCGUUUACAAUCUGUGGAACAAUACAAUACAUGGCUCCUGAGGUCCUUAGUGGGGGUCCCUACAGUCAUGCUUCAGACUGGUGGUCCCUUGGCAUCUUGCUAUAUGCCCUUGCUGCUGGAGUGUUUCCUCUUCUUCCAGAGCCAGAUCACAGAAGCAUGCUGACCAAGGUGACUGACCACCUGUAUGAAAUGCCUCCAAGCUUCAGUCCUGGAUUGGCCCUGCUGCUCACAGAGCUCCUGUGUAAGACUCCCACGCGUCGCCUGCUGCUGGAACGCUUCAAAAGGCAGAAAUUCUUCAGCAGCAUCUCUUUUGACUCUCAGCUGCUGACGAAGGCUCCCAUUCAGCCCAUCCUUCAUCUCAAGGACCACCCGGAGCGGCCAGAGAAAUCAGCUAGGGGUUUGACAUUCGAGCACCUCCAGAAUUUUGAAUGUGAUCUCCUCGACUCGCCCACAGAUUUAACCCAGACCCUUCCUGACAAUGAAAUGGACCAGGAUACCUCAGGUUCCUGAUGAGAGGAGGCAGGAAACUA